GUCAUUUCCCAUCUUAAGACCUACAGAUAAUUUCACGGAAACGAAAUAUUUAGAUAAUUGAAUGAAUCUGAUCAAUUUUUCAUCAACAAUUGAAAAAUGCCAGCCUUCAUUAAAAUGAAUUAUAACAGAAGUUUAAUUAAUCAAACAUUUGAAGGAUAUAAGCUAUCAUUGGAGAAACUAUAUGUUUAUUGUAGUCACAUUGACAAAGGUACUUACGUUACAGCUCUUACUGAUGAGCAGUUUUCAUACCAUCAUGCCAAGCUGUUUGGUGUAUACAACCAUCUUGUGCAAGACCCAUGGAACUUAAAUGCAGUUUACAUAAUUGAUACUGAUUGGAAUAUCAGAAAAGCAGUAGGACACGAUAUGUCAGUUGAUUGUGGUGCGACUGUUUAUACCAUACCUGAUGCUAGUAAUCAACAGUUUGUAGUUGGCAGAUGUAAUGCCAAGCUACACUUCCUGUCAGCUGACCUAGCUGUCGUCUGCGAUGGUGCGGGUCAGCUAUAUAUAGUCAGUACAGGUAACAGACAAGAAAAUGGAACAGAUGCUUGGAAGUGUUUGAUAUCACGGAUGCUGCCGGAGGAGAAAACACCAUGUUUAUUAAUAGAUGCUGUAGAGCACUCGAAGGAGGAGAAUCACAUGAUAGAUUGUUUGUUGGUACAUGUGAUAGAAUCUACCCCAGAACAGAAAGACAAAUAUAGAUCCCAGUAUCUUACUGUGUUAGAGUGGAUCACAUUUACGUCAGUAGAUCGUAAGGUAUGGACCCUGGGUAGAACCAGACAGCUUGUGAGCAGAAAGCCUUUCUCUUACGCCUGUUUAGAUAGGGAAGGUCAUUCCAUUACAAUAGCAGGGGAGGCAGAGUUUGUGUUUACACAGGAUUCAGAACUGCCUGUUGUAAGUGAUGAGGAGAAGGAAGAGGAAAAUUCAGGUCCAAGACCCCCUGACUACACCUGGCACCAGACAGCGGAGGAUUUAAGUGUUCAGUUUACCGUUGCCGAGGGAGUUACUAAGGGGGAUAUCUACCUUACUAUGUCAUUUAAUAGGAUAGACUUCGGGCUGAAGAACAAAUCAGCAUUGUUAAAAGGGAAUCUUUGUGGUGAAAUUGACACAGAGUCAUGCACUUGGACUAUAGAGGGUCGAAGAGUGGAUCUGUAUCUCAGUAAGAAAACAGAGGGUAAUUGGCCACUAGUAGUAGAUGGGGAUACUCGUGGUGAAAUGUUGUCAGAGCCAUCUGAGGUCGCGGCUAUACAUGAACGUUUGGCUUCCCUUACAUCAGAAGAAAUGAACCCAGACCCGGAGAAGUCUGAGAAGCCGUACAAUACCCAGCAGUUAGAGGAAUGUGAUAUGUAUCCUGACGAUGAGUCUGUCCUACUUACUAUAAAUGGUGACACCCAUAAGAUACAAUACAGGAUUGGACUUGGCAGUCAUCAGUGGUUGUUCAAUGUAACCAUGGGAGAGAACUCUACACCUGGACUUUGUUUGAGGCAUGAUGUUGAUGGGUUACUAUGGAAACAAGACACAGGUGACAAGUCACGAUGGAAACAUAUCGCAACAUUCAAUGCGUUUGGCUAUGUGCAAGCGUCAAAACAGCAGAGAAAGUUCACAAUAUGUCCCCCAGAUUACUCUUACAGUGCCAUAUGUGACAAUAGCAAACACAUUUACCUUUAUAGACAAAAUAUUCCAGUAGCCACACCGUUACGAAAUAGAAAGACAGGUCAGCAAGUGAAUGCCGUUGCUAAGCAACAAGUGAUCUCCUUGGAUACCACAAAUGACAUUCUUGGGAUACAGACCACAAAUGAGAGACUUUUUAUUUUGACAAAAGAUAAAUUGUUUAUGAUUAAAGUAGGAUGACAAUUUUCAAAUCGUUUUGUUCACAGGGGGACCAAGAAAAUGGAAUUUUACAGAAACUUUUCAAGCAUUGUUCAGGGAUGGAAACCAUGGAAACCAAUGUCUUUAAUAAUGGAAGUACUGAUACUUGUGCUAGGAUCAUACACCUAGUAUAUGAAAUCUCAAAUUAAAUUUUAUCAUCAGUUCUAUUAUCCAUGCUGAGUUUUUAAAAGUUGUUAACUUUCGUUUAUUAAGGAUAUCAGAUAGAUAUGUGCUUAGAUUUGGAUGACAAAUGCAUAUAUUUAAUCUUGUUUGAGUUAACACACUACAUAGAAAUUAUAAAGAUGUUUGUGCAACAAUUCUUUUAUGAUGGUUUUUGUAUAUAACAUGUGUACUUUUUAUAUUGAAAUAAAGAAAAGACAAAAAAUG